UCAGACUUGUCAUUCGAAAGGAAUCUGAAGUGGGGCUUAAUCCUCACUCACUCACUCCUGGAGGCCCAGGACGAGAUCCUGCACCAGGAGGGACACAGUAAAGGAGUCCACGACCUGCACUUCCAGCCUGAUGGCUCUGUGGUAGGCACUUGGGGUCUGGAUUCGUUUGGGUGUAUUUGGGACCUUCGGACCGGGCGAUGUGUGCUGUUCCUGGAGGGCCAUCUCAAUGAGACAGCAUUGACUUCUCUCCCAACGGCCAAUGACGGUCACUUCCUCCUGACCGGGGCCUUUGACAACACAGCCAAGGUGUGGACCCACCCGGGCUGGUCCCCCCUGAAGACCCUGGCGGGCCACGAGGGCAAGGUGAUGGGCGAGGACAUGUCCCCUGACGGACAACUCAUCGCCACCUGCUCUUACGACCGCACCUUCAAACUCUGGAUGUCAGUGAGCAGGGGAGGGAGUAUCACCCAUAGAAAGAGAAUGGCAUUCUAUGGUACCUUCUAUUUCUAUGGUACUACCUGUACCACUAUUUCUAUGGUAAUACUGAAAUGUCAUCCCAUACAAAUAGAAGAUCGUAAAUCAUGAUCUGCAAAAUAUUAGCUUUUUCACGAUUGACGGAUGAGUCUUUGAACAUCCUAAAUAUUCUGAAUUGUACACUUGUCUGAUUUACAUUUAGUAGAUGGUUAAAUUAUUAUUGAACAACAACGUUAGUCUCUUGAUGUCUACAACUUUGAAGUUGUGGGCAUACCUCCUGUCCUUUCUCCUAGAUAAUUUGUUAAAUAAUAUGUUUUAGGUGAUUUGUAAACACAUGAGUCAGUUGGUGUCAGAAGUCGAUCCAAUUGCCCUUUGUCUAGUUUUUAAUAAAAACAAUAACUCC